CCACAAUCCCACAAUCCCAUACUCAUCUUUCUCCUUCACAACUACACCACUGACCUACAUAUCUUGCUUUCCUCGACAUGUCGCCACCCUCCGUCAUCCCACAAGGCUCGACCGUUCUCGUCACAGGCGUGAACGGCUAUAUCGGCUCCCACGUCGCAGAUCAGCUCCUUCUCGCGGGAUACAAAGUACGCGGUGCUGCUCGUGACGCCACCAAAGCGAAAUGGGUCCAGGAGCUGUUCGACAAGAAGUAUGGACCCGGCAAGUACGAAAGUGUCAUCGUUCCGAACAUGGCUGCCGAGGGCGCGUACGAUGAAGCUGCGAAGGGUGUCGCUGGUAUUGCGCACGUCGCGUCCAACCUAUCCUUCUCCACUGACGCCAAAACCGUCAUCUCCGAAACCAUCAAGGGAGCCCUCAAUGUCCUCCACGCCGCCGCCAAACAACCGACCGUCAAACGGGUCGUACUCACUUCCUCCACCUCCGCCGUUUUCCACACGAAACCAAGCACUCCGUUCGAGGUCACGACUGAAUGGUGGAACGACGAGGCGGUCAAGCAGGCCUGGGACAGCGUCGAUAAUCCGCCAGCGCCAGGUAGCCCGGAGGCCGCCCUACUUCCGGUCGUUGUAUAUGCUGCGUCGAAGACGGAGGAGGAGAAGGCGUGCUGGAAGUUCGUGGAGGAUGAGAAACCGGGCUUUGAGUUCAAUACGGUGUUGCCGAACACGAAUCUUGGGCCUCCGUUGAGCAAGGACCAGGCGGCUUCGACGGGGGCAUGGGUAGGCCAGGCCCUCAGAGGUGAGCCUGAGAUCCUGCACUGGGCAGCCGCUAUAGGUCCUCAGCACUACGUCGACGUCCGAGACACAGGUCGUCUGCACGUCGCUGCAUUAACCAACCCGAGCGUCAAAUCCGAGCGCAUUUUCGCUGCGGCAGCGCCUUUCACCUGGGCCGCUAUAUUCGCAGUCCUUCGGAAAGCCUACCCAGAUGCGAAGGUGCCCGAUGACAUUCCGAACGAAGUGGAAGAUACCGCUAGGUUUAAGACGUGGGGGAGGAGCGUAGAGUUGUUGAAGGCGUUGGGGCAGGACGGGUAUGUCAGCUUGGAGGAGAGCGUGAAGGACAAUGCUAAGGUCUACGCUUAAAGAAAUGAUAGUGAGGGCUCUGGGUUUGAACGGCUGCUGCCUUGUACUUUUAUUGGAGAAUCGUGUACUCACAUUAUCUUUCCGUCGACUUCUUUCGCCCUCCGUUAUCACCACCGUUUGAUCUUGGAUGUUCUGCUCCUUGGGUCAAAAGGUCUCUCAAUCCGUGUGAAAAGUGAAGAAAUCACUUCCCUGGUUUUGUAGCAAAACUCCGUAGGAAACUCCGAGCACCACGGUUGAGAGUCGGACGCCCGUACUAAGCGUACAGCGGCAGACCGGCGAUUUCGACCAUAUUUAUGGACAAGUACUGAGCUUCCGUGCAACAGUAACAAGUGGACUGAUAUUGGUGCAAAUAAAUCACCACGGCUCGCUUAUCCUGUGG